CGCAAGUCACUCGCUGCUGGGACGAACCGGCGAGGGCUGGGCGCUACGACCUAUGGCUCGGGGCCUACAGGCUGCAGCAGUGGCUGCUGUUCUGCUGGCCGCGGUCUGGCUGAUGCCCGCCGCGCAGCUAAGCGCGGCGCAGGAGACUGCUCCCACCGCCCCAAGCGGCGUGCUCCUCUCCUUCUGCGUCAGCUGAUCCUUCAAAGGCGCUGCGUUGCAAGUGCAACAAGCGCUGAAGAACCACUUUGGGCAGUCGCUGCCCGUCACCCUAGUCAACCACCCGCCGCCGCCCACCCAGGCGCUGCUGGCCCAGCUGGUGCUCCUGACGCAGUUUGUGCUGGCGGCCGUGGUGCUGUCAGGGCCGCAGGCCGCGCCGUACCUGGCUCGUAUAGGCAUCGUGCUUCCGCCCGAGACCUGGCAGGCUGUGCAGGAGAAGAAGGUCGGCAUCCUCAUGGGAGCCUGGUUCAUCGGCAACACGGUCCGCCAAAACCUGCUGGGGACGGGCGCCUUUGAAGUCUCCUACGAUGGCACCCCGAUCUUCUCCAAGCUAGACACAGGGCGCAUGCCUACUCUGCCCGAGCUGGUCGCCGGCAUCGCCGAGGCAAUGGCGGCUGCCGGCAACCCCGCAGGCAGUGGCACCGAGCAAAGUAAGCGCUACUCUGUGUCAUCAGUGCAGGCCGUAUGUGCCUGCGUAGCAGCCAGCGCAGCCACGGCUGUGCAGGGCGUUGUGGAAACGGCCACUCGCCGCAAGCUUUCCAUAAUCAGUUUUAACCUUCUGUUACCGGCCUUCAAUUUCUUCAACUUGGCCCAGAACAUAGACGUGUCCACUGUAACCAGCUACCUGCCCUUUGCGGCCAACAGCGUUCUCAGCAACGUGCUAGGCAUGUUGAUGGGGUGGGGUUCUAACUGGCUUGUCCGCACACCUCUGCCACUACGGUACCAUGUAGUGGCAGCUUCCGGGUUUGGCAACCUGAACAGCUUGCCGCUGCUCAUCGUCUUUGCCGUUUGCAAGCAUGAUGACUUGCCUUUCUACCAAGUGCUUGGAGACCAGUGCACCAGCAUGGGCUUUGGAUACAUCGCGAUCGGCACUGCGGCCACGCAGAUGUUCACAUGGCAGGCGUUAGAUGCAGCCAUGGCGGCAGGAGGGCAGCCUGCCGGCAACAGCGCUGCAGCAGGCGGCGCAGCAGCCAUUCAGGCGCAUCCCGAUGUGCGGUCCUUUGCGCUUGACUUCAGCGCCGACAGCAGCAGCGAUGGCGGCGCCGAUGAUCGCAGCGAGCGCAGUAGCAAAAUCAGCAGCAGCAGUAGACGCAGUGGCGGCGGCGCCGGUGCUGACCAUGCCAGAUCAGAUGCCCCUGCUCUUAGAGUGAAGGGGAGCAGCACCAGCAGCAUGCCCAUGGUGCUUCAGGUCCCUAGCCGCAGCAGCACACGAGCUGCCAGCUUCAGCAGCGCCGCAGGCAGCCCUGAUAGACUGCCUGGCAGCCAGAUGAAUGGAGAAGGGUUGGGAGCUGGCACCGAGUCGCGCGCAGCAGCGCCGCUUGUCGUAGAGGUUGUGAUGGCUGGUGGUGUGCAGGAGGGGCAGCCUGGAGCGCAGGAGCAGCUCGACGAGCGGCCCGCGCCCCGGCCGCCAUCCCGAGCGCGGCGGUACCUGCGGCUGGUGUGGCUGUUCACUCGGGAGAACGUGCUGCGCAUGCCGUGCAUCGGCGCGGGGCUGGGGUUCAUCGUGGGAGUGAUCACGCCCAUCAAGGACCUGCUGUUCCCCAUCGAGUCUGCCACCCUGGGCUUCCUCAUGGGGGCGCUGUUCAGCAUCCAAGCCGCCCUCAUCUUCGUUUCCUCCUUUGUGCUGGGCUCUGUGCUGUCCAAGGGCCCGGGCUCGGGCACGCGCGCGCUGGGAUGGCGGCCGCUCCUGCUGGUCGUCCUCAUCCGGAUGGCGGUGCUGCCGCUCAUCGGCGCUGUGGUGGUGGUGGGCUUCGUGAAGCUGGGCUGGUACAAGCCCCUAGAUCCCGUCUAUGCCUUCAUCCUGCUGCAGCAGUUCUGCGUGCCGACGGCCAACCAGAUGCAGAACAUAGCCAGCAUGUCGGGCAACCGGGAGCGAGAGAUGGGCGCUCUGAUAUUCUGGCAAUACGUCUGCGCAUUUGUGGCCAUCCCAUGCUGGAUGGUGGCCUACCUGUGGUGCAUGGACCACUUCUUCCUGUACCCGGGCGCCUGA